AUGAAGACAAGUUCAUCACAAUUUGAGUUAAUGGUAACGUUUAUGGAGCAGCAUGGAGAUCUAAGCAAACUUUUAAGUAAUGCAAGAGGCAGAGUAAGUAAUUACCAAAAAUGGGAGGAAUUAACCCGACUUUUAAACAGUGAUGGCAGUGGAUGUACAAAGACCACUGAAAAGUGGAAAAAAGUAUGGAGCGAUUAUAAAAACAACACCAAAAAAAAAGCUGCACGCUUGCAUCGAUCGGCUAAUGCAACUGGUGGUGGGCCUGCUAUGUUUAGCAAGCUAUCAGAUUUCGAGCAGAGAGUCUUAAAAAUUACUGGUGUGCAAGCAGCCACUGGCUUAGCAGUGGAGGAGGCUGGGUUACCCCAGGUGAUUAACACUCACCUGGAUAGCGUUGAGGAUAUUGUAUCAACCCCACAACCACAUCAAUUUUUAGAAGUACCAAUUGUGCCAGCAUCACCACAACUAACAAGGGCUAUAUCUUCUCCUCCACAUACAUUUGUAGAGGAAGAAGUUCAAACUUCUCAAUAUUUGCAUCAACCAGAGCAAUCUGCUUCAGGCCAAACUCUACCGGAGUCUAGGCCUGCCACAACAUCACAUCUCUCUUAUGUGGAGGUGCAUGUGGAAGGUCAUGGCACAAUAUCUCCAUCUAGGCCUACAUCUCCAAUCCAUGUAGUCGAGCCAGCACCUGCUAUGACUGGAGAAACAACACCCCGUCGGAUGAGAGUUCGCAACAGAACAUCACCUCGACGACGAGUGAGGCCAUCUCACACAGAGCAGGCAACACAGCAUUUUCUGCAAGCCGAGGCAUUUUGGCAGCAGUUUAAAGCUCAACAACACCAAGACUACAUGGAAUUGAGAAGGGAGCAAAACAGGAUUAGGAUAAUGGAGGUAGAAACACAGAGACGGGCUCUAGAUAUACUAGAUAAAUUUGUUAAUAAGUAUUGUAAGGAAUGA